AAAAUGGAUACUUGGAGUAUGCAAUGUUUCUUUACGAAAAAAAAACAUAGCCUGCUGUAUCUGUGUGGAUGGGCUGGUAGCUAUUGAGGUUUUAGAGAGGUUUGAUUUUCAUAGAAGUUGAGCUCUCUCUGUUCCCUUGUCUUCUGCCCUUCGAAACCCAACCUUAUCUCCACUCUCUCUAACAGAAAAAAAUGGCUUCCACAACCCCUUUCUCUAUUCAACACCCAACAUGGACAACAUCAAAAACUCUUAAAUUUCAUGAACCCUACAAAAACCUCCAUUUUCUCUCUAACCCAUCUUCUCAUUCUCUUUCCAAUCCUUCUCUCUCUUCCUCUUCUUUCCCUCUCAAUCCCAAACUUUCUAUCCUAAACCCACCACUUCUCUUUCACCCUUUACAUGAUUCUUCUCAUGACCGUCUCCUUGAAGACUUUGAAAUCCCCACCAUUAAUAACCACCAAAAGCUUGAAACUUUGAUCAAAUUUGACCAAAUUGUGCAUGGAGAGUCUUCCAAAAGAGUUUUUAUUCGAGACUCACCUUGGAUUUCAGCUCUUUAUUGGAAGGGUACGCAUAAAAUAGCCAAUAAAAAAGUGAAGUUAGAGUUAAAGGAUAUUGAGAAGAGGAAGUAUAAUUUGUUAAGGAGGAGGCAAAUUAGGGAAGAGACCGAGGCGUGGGAGAGAAUGGCUGAGGAGUAUACGGGGUUAGUUAAGGAAAUGUGUGAGAGAAAGUUGGCACCUAAUUUGCCUUACGUUAAAAGUUUGUUCUUGGGGUGGUUUGAACCAUUGAAAGAGGCUAUAGAGAGGGAGCAGAAACUGGAGAAAUCCAAGAAGCAGAAGUCGGCAUUUUCUCCCAAUAUUGAAUUGUUGCCAGCUGAUAAAAUGGCAGUCAUUGUUAUGCAUAAGAUGAUGGGGUUGGUGAUGGUGGGGCAUGAAGAUGGGUGCGUGCGGGUUGUCCAGGCUGCGGUGCAGAUUGGUAUAGCUAUAGAGCAGGAGGUUAGAAUUCAUAAUUUCUUGGAGAAGACCAAGAAUCAUCAAAGGAAGAAGACAAUGCAUGAUGUUCAAGAGAGUAUGGACAAGGAGAAGGAGAUGCUCAGGAAACGUGUAAAUAGUUUGAUUAGAAGGAAAAGGCUCAUGGAGGUCCAAAAUCUGGUGAUACAGGAUGAAACUAAACCUUGGAAUCGAGAUAAACAAGCUAAGCUUGGAAGUCGUCUAAUAGAAUUAUUAACUGAAACAGCUUAUGUACAACCCCCAGUUGACCAGUCAGAGGGCAUUCCACCAGAUGUUCGACCUGCAUUUAGGCACAUAUUUAAAAGUGUAACAAAGAAUCCAGGGCAGAAAACUGUGAAGAAGUAUGGGGUUAUAGAAUGCGAUCCCCUCAUCCUCACAGGGCUUGAUGGAACGGCUAAGCACAUGUUGAUUCCUUAUUUUCCAAUGCUGGUGCCUCCCAAAAAAUGGAGAGGGUAUGAUAAGGGUGGGCACUUGUUCUUGCCUUCAUAUAUCAUGCGCACUCAUGGAUCUAGGCAGCAACAAGAUGCAGUCAGGAGUGUUCCUGGGAAACAGAUGCAGAAAGUAUUUGAGGCCCUGGAUACACUCGGAAAUACCAAAUGGAGGGUGAACGGGAAAGUGCUGGAUGUGGUGGAGAGGAUAUGGGCGAGUGGUGGUAACAAUGCAGGCUUGGUCAAUCGAGGAGAUAUUCCUAUACCAGAGAAACUAUCCUCAGAUGAUCUAACAGAAAUUCAAAAGUGGAAAUGGAGUGUGAGGAAGGCAAAGAAGAUAAAUCAAGAGAGGCACUCUCAAAGAUGUGACACUGAACUUAAGCUUUCUGUUGCUCGAAAGCUGAAAGAUGAGGAGGGAUUUUAUUAUCCUCACAAUCUUGAUUUUCGAGGCCGCGCAUACCCGAUGCACCCACAUUUGACUCAUCUAAGUUCCGAUCUUUGUCGAGGAGUUCUUGAAUUUGCAGAAGGAAGGCCAUUAGGGAAGUCUGGGUUAUGUUGGUUGAAAAUACAUUUAGCAAACUUGUAUUCUGGUGGGGUUGAAAAGUUGUCGCAUGAUGGCCGUCUAGCAUUUGUGGAAAAUCAUCUAAGUGAGAUAUUUGAUUCAGCAGAGAACCCUGUCAAUGGAAAGCGCUGGUGGUUAACAGCUGAAGAUCCUUUCCAGUGCUUAGCUGCUUGUAUUAAUCUGUCAGAAGCCUUAAAGAGUGCGUCACCACAUACUGUCAUCUCCCACCUGCCAAUCCAUCAGGAUGGCUCAUGCAAUGGUCUACAGCACUAUGCAGCCUUGGGAAGAGACAGUCAAGAAGCAGCAGCAGUUAACUUAGUUGCUGCAGAGAAACCUUCAGAUGUUUAUUCAGAAAUUGCCACUAGGGUCCAUGAAAUAAUUAGAAGAGACAGCAAUAAGGAUCCUGCUACAAACCCACAUGCUUUAUUAGCCAAGGUCCUAAUUGAUGAGGUGGAUCGCAAACUGGUUAAACAAACAGUGAUGACUUCAGUGUAUGGUGUCACUUAUGUUGGGGCACGUGAGCAGAUAAAAAGAAGGUUAGAGGAGAAGGGUCACAUCACAGAUGAUAGAGUGCUCUUCAGUGCAGCCUGUUAUGCUGCUAAAGUGACAUUGACUGCUUUAGGAGAGUUGUUCCAAGCUGCACGUGAUAUAAUGGGCUGGCUUGGUGAUUGUGCAAAGGUUAUUGCUUCAGAAGAUCAGCCUGUGCGGUGGACAACUCCACUAGGUCUUCCUGUCGUGCAGCCAUACUAUAAGACUCAACGACAUCUUAUAAGAACUUCACUUCAGGUUUUGGCCCUGCAACGGGAAGGCAGUUCGGUGCAGGUUAGAAAACAGAGAACUGCUUUCCCUCCAAAUUUUGUGCACUCGCUUGACGGCUCACAUAUGAUGAUGACUGCUGUUGCAUGCAGGGAUGCUGAUUUACGUUUUGCAGGUGUUCAUGACUCUUUCUGGACACAUGCAAGAGACGCGGAUUUGAUGAAUAGGAUACUGCGGGAAAAAUUUGUGGAGCUUUAUAACAUGCCAAUACUUGAAAAUUUACUUGAAGACUUCCAGACGUCAUAUCCAACAUUGAAGUUUCCAUCUCUGCCUGAGAGAGGCAACUUUGACUUGCAAGAAGUUCUUAGAUCUCCAUAUUUCUUCAACUGAAUAUUCAUCAACUGUAAAUCUGAAGCAUCGUAUUGGCAUAUUGCUACCUUUGACCAUGAAGUUGUCAAGAGUUUCAGGCAUAUUGUGCAGAAUUAAGCCGAAAGUUUGAGGACAGUAAAGGUGGUGAAGAGAUGCCUGGUGCCAUCGGCGAGUCUAUGAUCUCGAAGAAACGCCCUUGCACUGUAAUUAUGCCAACCCAGAAAGGGUCAUUCCUAGCACAGAAGAUGAAAUCACCCAACGGGCUCAUUCCUUUAUGCAAAGAGGGAAACUCUAGAUAUGGUCGGAUUACAAGAGUGUCAGAUUUCUAUUCAUGGUUAAUUUCUGGAGACCAACUUAGAUGGCUACAUGAUUAUGUUUCGAUCAUUCUAGCGAAGAUAUAUAACCAGAUGAUUAGUACUUGCGGCUUCUUUUUUUUUCCUUGUGCUGUGAGCAGAUCACGAGAAAUUAGGUGAUUUGAUUGUUGUAAGACCAAGUAAAUCUUAUUCUCCUUGAUUCUUUUUUUCUUUUAAUCAUGUACCAUUUCUUCUGUAGAUAGACAAGCAUAGGAGAGAAGAGCCUGUUAUAUAGUGGGACCAAGCUCCAUGUAACAUUCACAAGCUGCUUGGCAACCCAUGUAAAAGUUUUCCCUGCAUAAUGGAAUGAAAGUUUGUUUCAUCA